UUCUCACAACUAACUGUUCGCAUCUUAAACAUCUCGUUCCCAUUAGAACAUUUAUUUCAAGUGCAAGGUAAUUGUUAAUAGAUAGUUACGCUGGUCUGAUUGAUGAUAACUAUCAGGUGUUGCCCGUUACUUCGAUUUGGCCACCGUACACCGGCAUUUUUGUUUAGGUCGUUCACCUGGUGUUAGGCUUAUGAAUUCGGCUUUGUGCUGCCAUUUGCGAUAUUCAAAUGCCGAUGCAGCUUAUGAAGUAACUGUUCAUGUCUUGUAUGAUAUUUUCUGCGAACAAUUUAGACGUUUUGAGUCUCUUCUAUCUGUGCAUCUGAUGUUUCCUUUGUGACCGAUUUCAUUGGUCCAUGCCAUUUCAAUUCGGCUAACAUAAUUUAAAAGCCAAUGUAGCUAUGAUUCUUCUUCGUCUCAGUAAUUUCGUAUUAACGAACGAAUCUCUGUUGUAGAUUUAAACGGUACUAAACCAUUUAGCCUAGGAAUAUUAAAUUAGAAUGUUUCCCAUGAGAAUGUAUUGUUAAAAGCAGUGCUUCCAUUCAAACGCCAAGAUGAUGCAAGGAUUACUGGAUUCCCUCUACAAAAUCUACACAGAUUGGCGCGCUCCAAUGGCGGACGAGGCGGAGGGUCGGGUGCGGCGCGCGCCGGCGCCCCCGCCGCGGCAGGCAGCGCGGCCGCCGGAGCCCCGCCCGCGCGCGCCCCCCGCGCCCCCCGCGCCCUGCACCGCGCUCGCCGUGCGCCUGCCCGCGCCGCCGCGGCUCAUCCGGCCCUCCGAGCACCUCGCGCUGGUGCAGCGCCGCCAGCCGCCCCCGCUCACCCCCGCCGUCACCGUCGUCCACCACCCGCUCCCGCCCCCGCCCCCGCCGCACACCCCCGCGCAUCUCGUGCACCGCUCCGUCGCGCCCCCCGCGCCCCGCAUGCCCGCCCCGCGCCCCGUCAUGCGCCUGCCGCAACCACCCAGAGCAAUUCAGGCUCCCCCGGCCGUCGCUCAGCCCGUGGCGCUGCCGCCGCAGUCGUCGGCCCCGGCGCCCGUCACCGCGCUCGCCGCCGCGCCCCGCACCAUCGUCAUCCACAGGCCUGACUCCAAGCACGGCUUCGGAUUCACUUUGAGGCAUCUGGUUGUCUACCCGCCAGAGUCUCUGCAGGAGCUAUACGAGGAUGCGCGGCACCUGGCGGUGGGCGCGGUGGGCGCGCCGAUGGACACGAUCUUCGUGCGCUCAGUGAGGCCGGGCGGGCCGGCGGCGCUGGCGGGGCUGCGGGGCGGGGACCGAGUCCUAGCUGUCAACGGGGAGCCGGUGGCUUGUGGCAGGUCCAUCGCGCCCUACCCCCGCGUGGUGCAGCUGGUGCAGGGCGAGCCAAGGACGCUGAAGCUGACGGUCGUGCCGAAGGACCACGAUCUGUUGCAGAGGUACUUCAGCGAAGCGGCCUACAACCCUGAAUCCAACCAGCGCGUCGACAUGCCGGCGGUGGAAGAGUCCCGUCUAUUCGACGCGUACCGCCGCCCGCGCCCCGCGCUGCCCGCCCCGCUGGCGCCGCGGCGGGAGGACCCCGAGUACGCCACGGUGGCCUCGUUGGCGCCCCCGCGCUAUGACGUGCCGCGGCUGAUGCCGGCGCCGCAUCAUAUGCUGCAUGACAGCCGACGAGAAUCCGACACGUCCUUGCCAUCGUCCGCAACGGAGAGCAAAGACAGCCUCGGCUCAUUCGACUCGAACUCGACGCUCACCGGGCGAGAGCUCGACGACUCGAUCAUUCUCUCGCGAAUACGAAAGAGUCUCGAACAGAAGGAGGCAUUCCUACGCCGCCCGAGCCAGCCCACCGGCUGGGCUACCCCUGACCCACCGCCCAUUAAGCAGAAAGAGUUCUACGCCAGACCGCAGAAGCUACAGAAACCGGCAUGGCCUCCCCCCGCCACUUCCCCGCCGCUCGCUGCCUCACCCCCUCCGACACCCCAAAACACGGAACAGAAGAAGAAAGACGAUGAUUGUUCUGCAAGCGUCGACAGCGGUACUUACAGUGGUUAUGGCGAAGUGAACGGAACUCAACAUGAUAGGAGACCUAAACAAGACAAGAGCCAUUUUGUAGCGACGCUGUCCAAGAUACAGGAGACUGCUCCGAGCAUAAUGAGCACGAAUGUUGGGACGGUGACUAAUGGGAAUGGAACUCACGAUCAUAAAGAAGAUGGCCAUCAGCAACAAAACAAUCAGGAUAAUAGAUACCCAGUCCCCGAGCUCCAGCUAGUAACAGCCCGUACGCGGCAACUCGAAGAGGCGCGCGGAGGGACGGAGCGAAGGACAGAGGUAGCGAGGAGCGAACUGGCGAGGCUCUCCACAACGCGACUAGAGCCCAGCGUAGCGCUGCGGCGGAGGGAGUACGAGACUAGAUCCACGAGGAGGGAAGCUCGCUCCCUGGAUGUACAGCCGCAGCAUGACAUAGAGCACGAGGCGGCCCUCGGCGGCAGUCUGUCCGGCAACCAGCUCAUGAUCACCGGCAGCAAGCACCUGCACUGCCCGCCGCCUGACGGUUACGUGCCCGAAACAGAGAAGGUUCAGAUGAGAACUCGGUCCAACAGCACCGGCAGUGAAGGAUUGUCCAUUAGAAGACAUCAUGCCUCAGAUGGCAGUCACGCGAAGCGACGAAUGGGGCUCAACCGGGAACAAAUGGAGGCGUUGAACGGAGAGACUCGGGCGCAGCGGCCGACGCAGCUGACACUCGCGCCGUCGUCGCCGGGAGCAUCUUCUGCCUCUGUCUCUCCCACGCCCAGCACGCCGGCGGACUCAGGUUUUGCUGAUGACUCGGUCACCAGACGACAGAAGAAAGAUGCGCAGUUGGGAGCGGAGGAGGAGCGUGCCAUGAGACGGGUAUCCUACCUGAAGGCGACGUGGGGUGACCGCCUGCAUCUGGACAGCGAUCCAGAACCGGAGAUCGAUCAUCACGCACUGAGAACUGCAUACCGCAAGUGGCGCCCUCCGCGGUUCACGGAGGAUAUUACUCCGCUGCUGAGAAUAUUCGACCCCCACGCUACCCUCCCCCCGCGCUCUGACAAGAAAGGCGAGAAUGGCACGAACGACACGGUGGAAGAGCCUAUCGAAGGGGACAUCCAGGGGAACGUGCAGAUCAAAAUGGUGGUCAGCAAUGGAAAGCGCGCCAGCGACAGGUCGUGGAAGCAGGUGUGGGCCGUCCUCCACGGGAACAAGCUGUACAUCUACCGACACCAUCCCAGUCAGAGCCCCGGCGCAGUGAGCGGGUCGGGCUCGGGCGCGGAGACAGGCUCCAGGGACGCUCUGGACGUGCGCUACUCGCUGGCAGCCCUAGCUGAUGACUACACCAAGCGGAAGCAUGUCGUCCGGGUCACCACCGCGGCUGGGGAACUGCUGUUGCAGGCGGAAGGUCCAGCGGACGCCCAGCGCUGGCUGGCGGCGCUGCGGCGGCACUCGGCGGAGCCCCCGCCCGCGGACCCCGCGCCCCCCGCGCUGCCCGCGCCCCCCGCCGACGCCUCGCCGCUACCGCCACAGCGCACCAAGAAGAUCGGCCGGAAUAGGUCGCCGACUGGUCCGCCGACACCCACGCUGCCCUCCUCCCCCAAGAACAAGACGUGGAAGGGGCGCAUGGCGAAGCAGCUGCGCCGCAUGCACGGCGGCGGCGCGCCCAGCGCCCCCGCGCCCACGGGCUGGCUGGGGGCGCCAUUGGAGAGGUGUCCGUCCGACGCCGCGAGUCCGCUGGUGCCUAAAGCCGUCACGCUGCCCGCUUCUGCUGUUGAGGCAUACGGCCUCCGCACAGUAGGCGUGUACCGCGUGCCCGGCAACGCGGCGGGCGUGGCGGCGCUGGCAGCGGCCCUGGACCGCGGGGAGCCCCCUCCAGAUGACGACCCGCGCUGGGCCGACGUGCACGUCGCGUCCAGUCUGUUGAAGAACUAUCUGAGGCGGCUGCCCGACCCGCUGUUGACUACUGAGCUUUAUCCGCUGUUUAUUGCGGCAGACCGUUCCCCGGAGCGCGCGCGCGAGCUGCGACGCCUCGUGCACGCCCUACCCCCGGCACACUACGAGACGCUCAAGUACCUCGUCGAGCACCUGCGCCGCGUCGUCAAACAUUCCGAGUUCAACAAGAUGGAAGCCAGGAAUUUGGCCAUCGUGUUUGGGCCAACGUUGGUGCGCGGCGCCAGCGACGAUAUGAUGGCCAUGGUUAAUGAUAUGAGCAGCCAGUGCCGGAUUAUCGAGUCUUUUCUUAAGCAUUACGACUGGUACUUCGAGGAAGAAGACACGGGCCGGGAGCCGCCACUGGACCCGCCGCCCGCGUCCGACGAGCUCGCGCCCGCGCCCGCGCCCUCUAGGGACCUGCUGAUACACAAUGUGAAGAAGAUCGAGGGCAAAGACGUGUCAACCCGAGACAUAGUCAGCUCUAUCAUCUCCGCGGCGAACCGCAAGAUCCAGCGCAAGCCCCGUACUAAGACCACGAGCGAGAGCAAGAAGUGGGCCGAGCCGGACAAGCAGGCGUCGCCGCCGACGUCGCCGCCGCCGCAUCUUACUACGUCGCUGGCGGAGUAUGAUGGGUUGCCGCACCCGCGGUAUCGGGAUGGGGGUAACAAAUUGGAGAUGGAGGCAAUGGUCGCUAUGAGUCGCAAUCGGCAAGAAAUGACGCGGCACACGCACACACUCACAAACUUCUCAAUAGACGGCGCGGGCGACCUGGUGUCGUCGCUGACCAGCACGUUCGACGCGAAGCUGCGCACGCUGAACAACGCGUCCCCGCUGGACGACGCCAGCAUCCCGUACGCGGACGAGGAGGAGGACGCGUCGUCGCGCUCGUCCAGUGGAGGCGGCUCCCCCCCCGGCGGCUCCCCCCCCGGCCCGCGCGCGCGCGAGCUCAAGGCGGCCUGGCUGGCGCGCGACCACCGCGCCUCCUCCAGCUCCAGCGACGAGCCCUGGCCGCGCCGCUCCGACCCCGACGACUCGGAGAAGGAGAACCGCGCCGCGCCCGCCCCCGCCCCCGCCGCGCCGCCCGCCCCCCGCGCGCCCGACUCCGACAAGGACGUGGACACGCGCUCGCAGGCCUCCGACCGCGCCGACAACGACCAGUACGUGGGCCGCGCACUGCGCCUGUCCAACCCCGAGUGCGGCAAGCGCAGCCUGGAGGGCGUCCCGCGCCGCCCCGACGCCGACGCCAAGCUCAAGCGCUCCGAGUCGCUGUCGCGCGCCGCCCCGCGCCCCGCGCCGCGCCUGCACCGCUCCGACUCGCUCGGGAAGGGCUCGCCCUGCAAGCUGGAGAAGGGCGAGUGGAACGCGGUGCGGCGGCGCGAGGCGGCGUGGCGCUCCACCAAGCUCAAGCGCAAGAACGGCAUGCCGGAGCGCGGCAUCAAGCGGCGGCACACGGUGGGCGGGACCAAGGACUUCGACAAGGACGGCUGGAGCGCGCGCCACACGCGCACGUCCAGCCCCGACCUGACCGCGGGCGCGUGGCCGCCGCCGCCGCGCGCGCCGCUCGAGUCGCACGUGUGACGGCACUCCGCGCCCGACCUGCGCGCGCUGUGAGCGCCCCUGGUCAGCCGUCAGCGCCCCCGCACAGCCGCCAGCGCCCCCGCACAGCCGCCAGCGCCCCCGGUCUGCUGUGAGCGCCCCUAAACGCGCCCGAGCCACUCGCCGCUACAGAGAGAGGCUAUUUUUUUGAUUCAUUCAACUGACUGAAUAGAUUAGGUCACAAAUAUCUAACAUCUUUAAUUAUUACAUGUAAUACUCAAGUCAUUAUUCUAUACAUACACACGAGACGUUCAUAAUAAUACAAUAUUGCAGAUUGUAACGAAAUAGGUGUAUCAUAUUAAAAAUAUAGACAUAUUAUGUACAAGUUAAAGAGCAGACGAUUUGUUAAAAAUAGUGCAAUACACUUUAAAUAUUUUGAUUAGAAAAAAAUGUUAUUACUGAAAUCGAAAAUUUAUUAGUCAAAAUUAUAUGGACUUAGCUCACUAAAUAAUGCCAAAGAAAUGAUUAUGAAAGUGACAUAUUAUGAAAUGAGACGAAGCAAGAAAGGUCGGUAUGGUGACGGAAUGAAUGCAAGGAUGACGUGAUCAACGAAACUCAACACCAUAUCAAGGAAAUGUAUAUUAUGACAUUCUAUAUUAUAGAAGCCGUGGUGCUAGCGCGCCACUAGUCCCUAGUGGCACUCCCUGUGUAGUCCCGAACUACUGUCCCGGAGCGUGGCGCUGCCCACCAUAUUACAGACAUUCAAAGUGCAAAUAUGAAGCAUAAUAUAAUAAUAAAUAGUGCUACUGUUAGUUAGUAACUACAUAAUGAAAUGAGAUUUAGCUAAGUCGAACCGGCUUACGUAGUUCUAAGUUAGAGAUAAUGUUCCCGCGGGAUUAACUAUGACCACAAUGUAACACCAUUUAAUUAAGGUAUUAGGAAGAGAUAAGAUUACUCGGGUAUCUGAAUAAUUAUAAAUUAUAAUUGUAUGGAAAACAAGAAGCAUACAUUAUCUACUUGCCUUCGCAAAUAGUUCUCUAGAAAUCUAGAAUAUUCUAGAAAGUUCAACUCUUAUGCACAACUGUACACUUACGAACUUAUACGUUUAUGAAUUAAAGUUACCUUAUACUUUUCUAUUACAUUAAUUCGGCAAUGAACGAAGUAGACAUUGGUAAAUAUAUUUAAUUGAAGGCUUAUAUUUUUGAAUCGAAUGGUUUUUUGAAUUGUAAAUAUCGAAUGCAAUAAUCCUAAAACAUGAACAGUAACCGAGUACGCACUAAGCUACAAUAGGUACGUCUUUAGUUAAUGUAUACUAACUUACAUUGCAGUGAUAAUAUUAAAAGUGAUUCUUUUAGCUUUGUAUAAAUUGUACAUUUCUUAUUAUGAUUAAUUUAUAUUAAAUUUGUUAUCGUAGCUUUGUUGAAUGCAAUUAUUUUUAUUGUUUUGUCUAUUAACGAUGAUUUUAGACGUAAAUUCAAUUUGUUAUUUAUUUACGGAAGCUGUAAAACGCAAUUCGAUAUUUUUAUUGUAUAGUUGUAAAUAUUCGCCUGUGGAGCCUAAACAAGUAUCAGCGUUUCGUUCUUUAGAUUUUUUUGGAAAUUUUAUACCAUCUUUACGUUAAGACGAUCUCAAGUUUGUUGAAUGUUUGCAAAGCGUUCCUUUUAAAGUUUUAUUUGUAAAUAUUAUAUUUUAAUGUAGGAACCGUGAAUUUAGUAAUUUACCGCAGCAUAUAGUAGAAGAGGCGGCCGCGGCCCGGCUGCCUCAUUUUGAGGUUCUGAUACUUUAUUCAAUAUCUUCGUGUAAUCACCUAUGAAAUUCAAACACCAUAAAGACAUCGCAAAUGUGAAUACAACUCAGGUUAACAAUAUUUUGUCAUUGUGUAUAUUUUGGAGCAAUGGAAAUAAAAUAUUGAAUCAAUUUAA